CUGUCGCGCGUCUGCCACCCCUAGCUUGCCACCAUUCCAUCGCUUUCCCGCUGACAACUCAUCCAGAACUUUCAGCUCGAGUUUGCAAGUAGCUACCGCACCGAUCUGGAGGAGCUGAGAGAAAAAUCCACUGUAUGAUGGUCCAUUCUCUCCAUCGCCACCUGCGGUCGAUCGAUUGCUGAAUCUCAAUGUUAUCUCUACUGCUUUUGUAUAUACCAGGAGAUUCAAAAAUGAUUCAGGGUGCCAUCACUCUCCUGUCUUGGGUCGCAACAUGCAUUUGAUGGUUAGCUGGCAUGGCGCUCAUUACGUCCUGGCAUUCUGUCAUGACCUCACACCUCCUGGCAGUCUGUAGGUCAUAGCAAUGUGAACACCAGUUUGCGUGCUUACCAAUUUCCGCCUAGGUAUUACACUCUCUGUUGCUCGCGAGACUUUGAAUGUGCUGUGAGCUGGUGCGGUCGCUGCUUAAUUUUCUUCCAUGGAACCACAGCAAGCCUUCUGAAGCGACUCGUUCGUUGAGGUGAAGUGCAGCCGUUUCGGCGGCAACCACACCAUAAUUUCAGCUCAUCGAACUCUUGAAACAGUGCUGCCAGUUCCCUCUCUGCGUUCGAGUACUGAAGCUCAAUAUGAUCGGCACAUGCUUCUCAGAUUGAGAGCGAAGUGAGCGCCCUGAUAUCCUGAUAACAGGGGAGGGAGACGUUUUCACGAAAGCUAGCAGCAGAAGCUCUCAACAAAGACCUCAACCGUGCUUUCUGGUUUAAGAGAUUCUGUUGUUAGAGCUUGCGUCAGCAUUGGAAGGGAAUCACAAUGACGCGUUUCGAAAAGUCAGGGAGUACUGACCAAAAACUGAUUCAAGCCGGGCACAUCGCGGUUGCCAUGGCCGGUGACAUUUAAAAGUUGAAUCCCUCGAAGAACACCACCCUCUUGACGCUCUUGCUCAAUCUGGGGUGUAAUGUAAAUGUGCAUGAGAACCGCUGGUGAGAGUCAAGGAAGUUAGGAAGUUCACUAUAAUUAAACAGGAGGUAUUUGACCAUGGACUUCGAACGAAGGAGGGAAGGACCUCGUUACAAUCGGGUAGUUUGCAAUUGCAGCGAUGGUGUGUGUACAGGAAUCAAGAACAAGUAUGGCGCUAAUCCUCACGUCAAAGCUUCGCAGGUAGCAGUCGCUUGUUCACCCAGUGACACGCCCUCGCGGUCGAAGUCAUACUAUCUCGAGUUGAAAGAUCUUUCAUACAAAAUAAUCAAGAAACCUAAGGAUCCCAAGGGGGCAUGGGAGACGAUCAAGGCAGAGUGGGCCUCCCUAAAGGCCAAGCCAUCCCACUACGUAUUGAAGCACAUCAACUGCGAAGCGAAGCCGGGUGAGGUAAUGGCGGUCGCGGGGCCGAGCGGAGCAGGAAAAUCCACAUUGCUCGAGGUUUUAGCUGGAAGGAUCAAACCUGGAUCGGGCUCUGGCAGCAUCCUCGUGAACGGACAACCCAUGGAUAUGCAGCAUUUUCGCAGGAUUAGUGGAUAUGUGAUGCAGGACGACGCGCUCUUCCCCAUGCUCACCGUCAGAGAGACGCUCAUCUACUCUGCGAGACUGCGGCUUCCGAGCGUGGUCCCAACCAGUGAGAAGAUUGCGCGAGUCGAAGCUCUUAUGGCAGAACUUGGUUUAAGUCAUGUUGCAAGCACCCGCGUCGGCAACGAGAAUGUCCAUGGAUUGUCUGGAGGAGAAAGGCGUCGCGUCUCCAUUGGGGUUGAUGUCAUCCAUGAUCCCGCCGUGUUGAUUCUUGAUGAACCCACUUCGGGGCUAGAUUCCGCAGCUGCACUUCACGUUUGCAGCAUGCUGCGAUCCAUGGCGGUCUCCCACAAGCGCACUAUAAUUCUGAGCAUUCAUCAACCGGGUUACCGGCUUCUGCAACUGUUCCAUUCGAUCUUGUUGCUUGCGCACGGCGCAGUGGUACACCAUGGCACGCUCGAGCUUCUUGCCCAGCGUCUCCAAGCGACGGGACACAAGAUUCCUCCUCAAGUGAACGUCCUGGAGUACGCCAUCGACUCAAUCGACUCCCUUGAUGUCGACAGGAGCAGCAUCUUUUCCAUUCAAGGCAAGACCGACAUUCCAGUUCUCUCCCUCCAGGAGCUCUUCGAACUUGACCCCGCCCGUGCUGCAGCUCAGAACCUACUCGGUACGCAACCGUCGCUUACAGAUUCAGAGAAUGCCGAAGUACCCGACGAAAACGUCAAACUCCACUUCGCAAACCCAAGCAGCACGGAGAUUAUGAUUCUUGCUCACCGCUUCGUCAAGAAUGUCAUUCGAACUAAGCAGCUGCUUUACGCAAGAACGAUUCAGUCUGUGGGAGCAGGAUGUGGAUUGGGCACCAUCUACCUCCACAUGGGUUACGGUACUCCGGGACUACAGAAGCGAGUCGGAUUCCUUGCCUUCACCUUAACCUUCCUCCUCACAUCCUCCAUUGAAGUGCUCCCCAUCUUUCUCGAGGAGCGUCUCAUCUUGAAGCGAGAAACAGGGCGGGGAGCUUAUAGAGUCUCGUCUUACGUCGUCUCCAGCACGCUUGUUUUCCUCCCCUUUUUGUUCCUCAUCGCGCUAAUGUACGCCGGGCCUGUCUACUACCUCGUGGGGUUAGCGCCUGACACGGAUGCGUUUUUCUUCUUUUUGUUCACACUCUGGCUCGUACUAGUAUCGGCGAAUUCCUUCGUCUCCUUCUUCAGUGCGCUAGUGUCAAAUUUCAUUAUGGGCAAUACGUGGGUGACUGGUAUUAUGGGCGCGUUCUUUCUGUUUUCGGGGUAUUUCAUUGCGAAAGACUACAUGCCGAAUUAUUGGCUUUUCCUGCAUUACCUUUCGCUAUUCAAGUAUCCCCUGAACGCGCUCUUGAUCAACGAGUACACUCACGUCGCGGACAAGUGCUUUGGCCCGGAGUAUGGUGGCCAAUGUCUCAUUACCGGGAAGAAUGUGCUGGAGAAUAUGUUUCUUGACAAGGAGAACAAGUGGGUCAAUGUUGGCAUCAUGGCCGGGUUUGCGGUCAUGUACCGCCUCAUGUGCUACUUCGUUUUACAUUACAAGCUUGUGAAAAGGCACAGGUGAGAAAGAAGUUAGUUAGCAUUACAUGAACUCUCGUCCUACUCAAUGGCAACUCUACGACUUAGUGCGGGAUGUUGUAGCAUGAUUCCGAUGGAGAUUUGGCUCUUGUGUACGCCAAUAAAAUCUAGAUCAGCUCAAAUCACGUCCGAGAGCCACGUCCAAGAACUCGGCGUUGAUCGUGGCAUGGAGAUCUCAUUGUUCGCAUUUCAGUUGUAAUCUCAAUUAUCUGUCUGAUAGUCGAAUGGAGAGUCCCGGUGGGAGUUGUGGAUUGCCAAAAUCCUCUUGCAAUCAAACGCUGAAUGACCGCGCACUGCAAUGUCAAGAUAGAACUAUUCCAUGACAGUUGAACAAUGUCUCGAACUACUCAGUUUGUAGGUAAAGAAAAAUCCUUGUCCGCUUUAACUACAGGUAGAGAUAUCAUCUAUUGAUGCCCAUUUACAGUAUGUUGAAAUCGCACUCAACAGCGUUUAGCUACGUUACUUCACAUGUGAGGCGUGUAUGUUCCAGUGAAACCAUCUAUCAAGCAUGCGAGAUCUUUUUUGACGCCGUGACGCAGCAUGGCACACGA